AGCCUGAGGUGGGCGCGUGGCUACGUGAAGUGUGCGUGGGGCUGGCGGGAGUCCGGUGUGGGCGUUGCGGACCCCCGGUCUGCUAGGCUAAAGAAUAAAGAGAUUAAACUCGUGAAAGUGUUUUAAAAUCUUACAGAGUAUCCGGACUAUUUAAGUGUAUGAAAGCUGUUAGGAAGGAAAUUGAAACGGAAUAUACUGAAGCAAACGAUGGUCUUCGAUGCAUUAAGACAAUUGCUCGGUAGCGCGCUAACACCUAGGAGAGCUGUCAUCUGCGACAGUGACACAGAGCUGCGCCAGGCUCAGCGCCCGGCCACGUGUCCGCGCCGGCUCUUUCCGAGGAGCUGAGGGCCGCCCGGCCCCAAGGGGGCGCUGUGAGGUCGCCGGCCCUCGCGCGGGCGCCGCCAUUUUGGCGCUGUGAGAGGCGGGGGGAGGCCCCCGUGUGUCUGAUGCCUUUGUGCUCUGCAAAGCGCUCCCGGGUGGAUUAGGUUCUGUUCAGCGUGCUCCAUCCGCUCGGGGGUUGGGACCUCCCUUCUCCGUGGUAGAUCAACGUUGUGACACAUACUGCGCUAUUUCCUCCCCCCCCCCCCCCCCCCGUUACUCAAUCAUAGAAUCACAGGGUGACUUGGAUUGGAAGAGAUCUUAGAGCCCAUCCAGUUCCAACUCUUUGCUGUGGGCAGGUUGCCCUCCCCUUAGAUGAGGCUGCCCAGGGCCCAUCCAACCUGGCUGUGAGGCCUCCAGGGAUGAGGCACCCACAGUUCUUCGGGCAGCCAUGCCAGGGCCUCAGCAUGCUCACUGUGGAGAUUUUCCUCCUAACAUCCUUUAAAACUAUUCCCUCGUCCUGUUUCUACGUGUGCUUGUAUAAAAUUCCUCUCCAGAAAGACUUCUGGGUCCCCUCUAAGUACUAGAAGGCUACAGUGAGGUCUCCCCUGAGCCUUCUCCAGGCUGAACAAGCACACCUCCCUCAGCCUUUGCCAAUCUGCAUCCCCACCAACCAGCUGCAGCAGGAUCCCAGUUGCGUGUGAAAACUUCUUUGGAUUGAGUUGGAUCCUUCAAGGGAUAUGGGCCAUGCCUACGGUCGGUGCAUGCAGUCAGCAUACAUGGGAGCACGCAGACUUUCUCACGCUGGGUACCAGAGCAGGGACGACUCUCGUUGGCUGCAUCUGCUGUCCAUCACACCGCCGGGUGUGCGGGGCCGCGCAGCCCCCCCCAGCCCAGAGGAGCAGAUGUGCUCGGUGUGGAGGCACCGGCUCUUCUCCAUGGAAAGAAACGCUGCACUUCGGUUGUUCGUUCUGUUCUCAUGUCUGGGCUUCUCAGCAUCUGUGGAACACACGCUUACCACAGUGGAUGGCAGUUCACAUGUAGUUUCAGAUCAAGAUUCUCUGCAAAGAACUGGUCGACGCUAUGAUGGUGGUGUGAAGCCAAAAUUCAAUGUAAAUCAAGUGGCAAUUGCACAGGUUGUCAGCUACAACUUGAGCAGAAAGGAACAGCUGGAAAGAGCAUCCUGGAGGCCAUUCACCCACAGCCACUACAGCCCUCUCAAUGUCACAAUUAACGGCAUCCCUUGCAUUCUCUUCUGGGCCAAGAGGAUCAUGAUUAAGUUUGAAAACCACACACAGCUGGAUUUGACAGAGAAGACAUUUGGCGUCCAUGCAACAGUGGAUGUUGGAGAUUCAAACUGCAGUGAAGACAAUGCAAUGCUUUCUCUGAAGUUUGGUGAUAUUGGAAAUCUAAAGGGACUUGUUAUUAGAUUGUUACUAACAACCAGCUAUUACCAGCUGUCUGUUCAGAAUUGGUUCAGCUUACAGAGACUGCAGCUUAUUUACAACCACUCUGUACAAGCAACGUUUAAUGCAACAAGAAUAUAUGCACCAGCAAGUUACUCCUUCCACUGUGAACAUGUGAGCAGCUUGCAGAGAUAUGAUGCACUCCUGAUACCGAGCUCUGCAAAUGAUGUUUCAAAGCUCUGGGAAGUUACUUUCAUUGAUUUCCAGAUUCAAGGUUUUAACAUUCAAGAAGGACAUUUUGCCUAUGCAAAAGACUGUGCAUCCUUUUUCUCUCCAGCAAUUCUUAUGGGGUUGGUUAUGUCGCUGAUUCUGCUGCUGGUUCUCGCCUAUGCUCUUCAUAUGUUGAUCCACCUGAAAUCUCUUGACAGGCACUACGAAUGCAAAGCUUCUCCUGCCUAUUUUGCACAAAUGAAAGACAGUGACAUGGGGGAUGAGAAAGAGCCACUGAGAAGUAGUGGAAAUGAAUCGUAUGAACUUAGAAGCCAGCAGUUUUGUAAAAUCUAUAUCUAGCAGUGUGCAUCUGUCUCAGUGAAACAGUGAAAGUGGUAUUUUUUUUUUUCUACUGGCCUUGUUCUAUGUAGUUUGUGCAAAUUUUUCACCGAUGAAAGGAAAAUAGGUAGUAGACUCUUUAUCCAAUUUAUCCUGUUACUUACUGAUAGCCAUCUCAAAGUUUCCUUUGAAAACAGGACAAGAAAAAAAAGAUUCCAGUGUGAGUAACAGGUAUAAUGUGAUAGGAGUUUAUUCCUGUAGUACAAAACCAAAAUGCAUAUCUUUGCAGCUAGCUUACCAGGUUCUGAAAAGAAGAAUCACUAAUGGAUUUUUUUUUUGAAGUUAAAUAAAGAGACAAAAAUUAAAAUAAUAAUAAUAAUAUCCCGGCUCAUUCUUAAAGAAAGUGAGAGUUUUCCUGGUUUUGUAAUUGCUUCAACUGUUCUGCUGUGUAUCCCAACAAAAUAGCAUCCGUUCAUUUUACAGUGUGUAUUUUCAUUAUAUUUAAUUCAGGCAUUCCAAAUUACAUCCCCCCUCUUUGUCUGCAUGAACUCCUUCUUCAGAGCCAUGUAAGCCAUGUAUUACACACUACACUGAUGAAACAGAGAUAGUUGUGGUACAGAGGCAUUUUGAUACUUUUCUGUAAGCUGGAGGCUUUCCAUAAAGGUUGGCUGGGAGAGGAGCAGACAUCUGGUCAAAGGCUUACCCUUAACUUCCCAGCUCAACUUUAUGCCAAAAGAAGGAUUAUGAGCAUUAUGCCCUAUAAUUCUAGGUUUUGAUUCUUUAUCAAAUCCCUUUAGUUUUCCAAUAUUUUACCUAAAUGGAGAAUACCCAUUGGUGAAAUUGAAUAUAAAUGCAAGCAUAGUGGAAUUGGAAGCUCCCUAGCAGCAAAAAGAAUUUCCAGAAUGUUAGAAAACCUUCUGCAAAAGCAGAUUUAAUAAUCAAAUGCCUUCAUUUUAAAUAACAGAGCUAGUUAGUUGUUUAUGGUCUUUUUAACCUAUCCUGCAGCACUCUUUAAGCAUCUUGAGAGAUGUCCAAAGAGCUCUUACUUACUAGCACAGAUGACAUGCAGACCAGAUGUGAAGUAUGGAGCAGUUAGUUGAUUUAGGGAAGCACUUCAGAAGAAAAUAAACGUCAUCUUUGCUUCUGGGGACUUGGCAGGGCUGCCCGUAGCUGGCCUCUGCCAAACAUAAAGUGUUUCAUAAAGGAGACAAGCAAGAACAGGAAUAUCUGGGAACCCAAAUGAGAAUAAGAUUUGGAGCUGCGAAUAAAAAAUCCAUGGCGUUCUACAUGAGGUGGUGGGACUUCUCACCUGGCAGUGAAAAUGCUCAGAAUCAUCACACUUCAACUUGUGUGCUAGCAGUGGUCAGAAAGGAUAAUAAAUGCACCAGUUGAGUUAGGUGGACAAGAAAUACGAUGCUGAGGAAUUAGGAACCGUGUAUUUGUAAAGAGUUAAUGAUGUUUUAGUGUAGAAGCAGAACGAGAAUCAAAAAGCAUCAGUACAAAAGCAAGCACUAUGGUUGAAAAAGACAAAGCCUGGAUUUCUGCAUUCCAGAUAGGCUGUUUUCUGUGAGGCAGAUAAGCAAACCUUAUCAAGUGCACGUUUUAAAACAACAGAGGCAUUCCAUCACUCUGCUUCCGACAUAAGUAAAUUCAGGUUAACACUGCCUGCUAAAGAAACAAGCUACAUUCACACUAACAGACGCGUGAACAAAAGAUAACCUGUUUUACACAGUCCACAUGGUGCAUAAUAUUGCAGCUGCAUCAGUUGCACCUGGGGAGGUUCGGCUGGGUAUCAGAAACUUUCUUCUCAGGAGUGGUGGGGCAUUGUGGCAGGCUGCCCAGGGAGGUGGCGGAGUCACUGUCCCUGGAGGUGUUCAAGAAAGGUGUGGAUUUGGCACUGAGGGAUGUGGUUAGUGGGCCCGGUGGGGAUGGGUGUGUUGUUGGACUGGAUGAUCUUAGAGGUCUUUUCCAACCUUGAUGAUUCUAUGGUUCUGUGAUUUCACGGGCUCUGCAGUUCUCACUGUGCAAUGGUAACACCAAGCUGAAGCAGUACAUACGUUCAUUUACCCUAUAUAUUUCAGCUGCAGUAGUUUAUAUUUCAUACCAUUCCCCCACACCUCAGUAUAAGCCAACUUCACACCUGCAGAAAACUAAAAUUUCUGGAAGUACCUUUCUGGUUCAUUGACAUGCAGUGGUGGAUUGUUGGCUUAGCGCUGGUUAUGAGUGCACGAGGCUGAGGUCACUGUGAAGAUGGAGAAAAAACAUGGGCCCACAGGCUGGUAAGUAGCACCGAAUUCCUGCAAACCUGAAGAAAGCUUUCCUUCUUUACUUGAAGCUUUUAAAAUGGUGGCAUUUUCCUCCUGGUGCUUGAAGAGUCAGUUCUGACUGCAGCAGCACUGUGGGGCCUUGUGCUUCCUUUGUAUCAUGCAGGGGCUUGUGGAGUUGGGUCAUUGCUUCAGCAUAGCUGUGACGAGCUUUGCUGUUAUGUUGAUAGGAGGUUGAAGAAGACAGCAAAUGUCAGCCGUGUCUUGGUACACCUCCCGUUAAUCACUCCUGUUGCAGGAAAUGUGCACUCACUCAAAUAAUAACAACAAUUCUGAAAUGAGAAAAAAUCACAACUCAGUAUUCACUUGGUGGUGGACAGAUAGGGCAGACCCUCUUCUACAGACGGCUGCUCUGAGUUACCCAACACGUGUUGGUGCUCCACAUCUCGUGUUACUGUCACUGGUUGUUGUCUGCAUUGUUUCUCCCUUUUGUAUCACGGGUAACAGCAAAUUGGUUUUGGGUUCUGUCUGUAACUUCCAUUGCUCAGCCAACCCCCCGACGUCUGCAUUUUUCAAGGCGGAUCUGCUCCUCACCACUGCGUGAACGCUUCCCAAAGUUUCCUCCAUUUCUAUUAGACACUGAGAAAGAACAUGCAGCUGAUGUCUGACUGGUUCAAACCUUGGUUUGUUUGCUGUAACACCUGGAGAACCAUGAUACACAGGUAAAUCCUCACCAGAGGAUCCAGAAAGAUGGCUGUCGGCACCGAUGAGAACUGCUCAAAUCUGUUUUUCAUGACAGUUUUUUGUUGGCAUCUUAGAAUAAAAGCUAAGAAAUGGCUCUUUUGUGGUAGAAUUUCAGAUACAGGCUUAACCUCAGACGAACAGCCUGUUAACACCCAGCCACUCGUGAGAUAAGAAACAGAAGAAAGUGCUAAACCUUUUAUGUGCGCCUUUACACUUCUUUCGCCUCCCAGCUGAUAACUUAUCUUACGUCACAAAAUGUAGCUGCUUUUUUUCUUCUGAGUCAGUGAUAUAAAUUUGCAAGAGAUAUGUAUUGUUUUUGACACCUCGCAAAGAGAUUCAGCCUUCCUGAAUGUUUUUCAUAUAUUUUUUUCCCCCCUCCUGUUCUGACAAUCGAUAAUUUCAUGUUGAUUGCCACGUCCUGCGCCAGCUGAAGAUCUGAACUGGUGUUUGCGGGUAACUUCUGAGCCUGUUUGUAGGUGAGAGCUGCUGCCUGAGAACAUAGGAGAAUAUCGAUUUAGGAUGGAGGUUUGCACUGAUUUCUCCCCACAUCACUUUUCUGUGUUCAUUCUUCUACUCCAUAACCCUCUGUUUAAACAUGACAACACUUUCCCCAUCUUAAUGCCGUAACUGGAUGAGCCAGCUGCUCAUCUAACAUGACAGUGCCCAGUCAGAGCCAGGUGUGUUGCUCCAUUCAUUCCAACAACCUCACCGUACGCAGCAGACAGCUUCCUUCAGCUUGUUCUCAACAAGCACCCUGGGGGCCAUGAGCCUGCUGCUGCUCCAAGCCGGGACAAGACUUACUGUUUCCUUCCAUCUACAGCUGGUCUUCCCAAUGGAGAGGACCCAGAAAAGGGCCCAGCUUCCCCAGUGCAGGACGAACACCACCAGAAAUGCUUAUAUUUAAUAAAGAGUCCUAAGGAGCACUACAAUUCAUUCCCAGCCUUGCCAGGCAGGGGCAGCUGGUGCAUUGCACUGGAGCAGCACAGGGAUGCUGAGUUUUUAUCAGACUCUGCUGCCUCACGGGUGCCUGCUGAGCAGAGUAGAAUGGCCUCAAGUUGCAUCAGCAGAAGUUCAGGGGAGAAAUUAGGAAAAACUUCUUCUCAGGAAGAGUGGUGAGGCAUUGGAAGGGGCUGCCCAGGGAAGUGGUAGAAUCAGUCUCCCUGGAGGUGCUCAAGAAACAUGUAGAUGUGUCACUGAGGGACGUGGUAUAAUGGCAUGAUGGCGAUGGGUCGACAGUUGGAUUACAGGUCCGUUCCAACCUCAGUGUUUCUCUGAUUCUAUGGUUCUAUUUCAGGCCUUGAAGAGCGGCUUCCCACAGCCUGAAGCUCACCAGGGUCUCAUCCUUGAAGCUGCAGCAUUUUCCCUUAUCAACAGCGAGCAGAUUUUUCACUCCUAGUGGUGGAUUUCCAUCACAAAGUAUUAACCAAGGCUUCUCAAGGGGUGGGAAAGCAACAUGCAAUGUGCGAAGUCCUAGGACUUAACACAGUGAGCAGUGGGCCGGCGCCCAAAUUCCUGCUGGCAAGGUGAUGUCUUUGUGAAACACAGAUGGUCAUCACAUUGUACCCUGGGCAGAAAUAUCCAUCUAAUAGCACCGCCACUUUUCAGAGAAAAGAAAUGUACAAAAAUGACAAAUUUUCAGGCCCAAGGGAGAAAUGGCAGAAAAGAGGAAUGGGUAAAAACGGUGGGGAAUUUGAAAACACAGUAUUUGAAAGCAGAGUGCAGAAGCCCUGCAGCCCAGACACAGAUUGCUUUGCAGGCCUCUCUAAAAUGUUCCGUGUUGCCCUGGUGUGCCAUGGGAAAAAUCCUUCCCAGUCAGCUCCCUUCAUAUCAAUGGAAACCCCCAAACUUAUUUCCAAGGAAGCAAAGCCUCAGUGCUAAUGUUCCUCCGUUUCAAAUGUGCUUCCAUUCCAUUUAGCUCGAAACAGCUUGGCUGCUUGCACUACAGGAGAAGUAAGUUUAAAUCCAGCUGUUCAGCCCAUGGAUCCUGUGAGUCAGCAUGGCUGCUGCCUGUAGGGGUGGCUGGGAAUGUUUAGGGGCUGAAAUGGUUUAUAUAAACACUUGCACUGAAACUGAUGCUCUGCCAGCCCACGGUGAGACCUCUGUUCCCAGGGUACGCCAUGCAGCUGCUUAAUUCCUGCAAGAACUCACAGCGGACGUUAAAAAGACAGAAGUACACCUAUGGUCGUACUUCGGCAUCGGGAAGAUUAGUGGGCCAUCACCAUAGAGAAUGCGGCGAUAGCGCAGACCCCUUCAACGGCGCUACGGGGAAUUCAGUGCUCGUGAAAGCCCGCUGGAGCGCAUUGCGUGGUGCUCUCACAGCCACUCGCACGGAAGUAGCCGGAGGACCGCACUGAAGCAGUGUCUAAACGCGUAUUUGUCUGAAUGUGCUCUUUAGCCGACCGCUGGAAGGAUAUUUUUAGGCGGUGUUAGAAUACUAAUUUAUUUUCUUUUGCUCUGCAAAGGGGCAAACGCAGGCGCUGGCAGCGGGGCGAUCUAACGCCGAUGGAACGACGCCUGCGUUUGCAGCCCGCUGCGUUUGGUUCAUCUGGAGCGCCACCGCCCCCUGGUGGGCAAACAUCGCCACCGCAACGCCACGCGCAAGGGGGGGUUUCAGCGCACGUACAGAAACUUAAGUAGAACACAUCCAGCAGUGUUUACCCCGUGUCUCCUUUCUUGGAUAACUCUACCACAUGCUCUGGCCACCGGCCGCCUGUCAGAACGUAUCGGUCAUUUCAGUUGACGUCUUACGCGCGCAGAAAUGUCAACUUAGCAUUUCUGCAGCAGACGGCACCGAGACAGAGAGUACUGCUGGGCUGUUCGUUCCAGAGGUACCACUGCAACCUCACUUCACGUGCUUCUGGGCUCGGAGCUGCGUUCUCACUCGUGUUUCCUCUCUACUUCUGAACAAAAACAUGACUGCAAUUGUUAAUGAAUGCU